AUAUAAGAAUAUUCAAGAUAUACAAUGUCUAGAUGUCAGUCCUUUGCUGACGAUUGAAAAUGAAGAAAGAAAAUCUCAUUCUGGAUACAGUUAAAAGAAAGUUAUAAAAGUCACAAAAGAUGCUUCACUUGAGACGUUUUUACCCAUUUGCACUGAGGCAUUGUUGUUGUCGAACUUGGAGCAGUGACUCCUUGUUGAGCCAGCUGAAUAACUGUACAAAUGAGGAUGAAGUCUUUGAUCUUGUUGGAAAGAACAAAACAAAACUUUCUGAAAAUCAUGUGGGAAGUGCAGUUCAAUUACUUUGGCAGUUUCAAAAGAAGAAGCCCGAGCUCCUGAGGAAUACUGACUAUGUAAAAAAUCAUUCUCAGUUUCUUAUUCUUCGCAUUUUAGCAGAGAACAAAAUUGCAUAUAUGAAUAAUGAAACACUAGUGGACACGCUCUACAGUAUACUCAGGUUCAGAGUUGAGGCGCAUGAUUCAUUGGUACAAGAAAUGGUCAUGGAAGGUUGGAGACGAUUAGAUGGACUAAGCUUGCCUGCGUUGUCUAAGUUUGCACUAUGUCUGCAGGACCAACAAAUACACAAUAGUCCUCUUAUGGGUCGUAUUGCUGAUAUUGUCAGCAGAAACUUGAAUUCAAUACAGGAUACAAGGAUUUUGUCCGUUUUGAUGAUCAGCAUAUCUAGCAUUAUCUCUCAGAAUUUCCGAGAUCAAUUAAUUCAAAAGGCUGAGUGUGCUCUGGAAACCAUGGAAUUUGUCCCUUUGAACCACGUCCGGCGAUUCGUGCAGUUCCUCCGGAAUGUGAAACUAACCCAUCGCCCAUUGCUCUAUAAAUGCAAUAAGAUUUUCAUUCAGAAUGUCAACUACCUAGAUAUUGAACAUUUAGCUAUCAUCCUUGGACUUUACCAGUCCUUACAAUUCAACAAUACUGAAUUUAGAUUGAUCGCCAAGCAGAGACUGACAGAAAUGAUGGACGAUUGCAACAAUCCUUUGAUCUUCACUCGGCUGUUUGCUAGUCUUGGACCCAUGGCAGGACCAGAGGUCAGAGAACAGCUAAUGGAAACUGCUCUUCUCAUGGCAGAUGAAUUUGACCACUUCCAGGUAUUAGCGGUGGCAGAAACGAUGCAAGAAAUGGAUUGCAGAAAUUCACUGUUGAUUCAAAAGAUUGCAGCUCUCCUCCAUAAAUACCUGCAUAAGUACAGACCAGUUGAGCUGGCGAGAAUCACACAAACCCUAGUUGCAUUGCGUUGUCCUAAUCCUGAUCUUUACUCCAAGUUACAAAAGUUAUUAGUUGGCUCCUUACAAAUUAGCGUCAUCCCAGCUGAUGUUUCGAUGCUAACUCGCGUUCUUUCCAUGCUUCCUCCUUUCUUCAUGGAUGCCGUUGUAGUCACACGAAUCAAUGCCAUCUUGCCUCAGUGUAACCUGAGUGAUUUGAACUCUUUUGCUGCUGCUGUCAUAAAAUGGAUUCGACGAGACCAGUCCAGUCAACAAAACCCUUCUGGGCCAUAUGGGCAACUUUUGCAAAAAAUUAACGAUUGUGCAUUUCAGCGACUUCAGAAAGCCAACGAUUUGGACCUUCUGUUAGAGGAACUGAAAUAUAUAUCCGGAGAGUGGUUUGAGGAAAUGCUUCUGGAAGAAACGAUGAGGACUCUUCAGCGUUUGAUAGACCAAGUAACAUGGGCAAAUAUGAUAGAAUUUUCUUCCUUUAUCAUAAAAACCAACUACCUCUGCACACCAUUACUGGAUAAAAUUGCUGCAAUUUCCAUUGAACAUAUAGAUAAGAUUUACAAUUCAGGAACUUAUUCUCUUCUCCUUCCAUUUGCGGUUCUGAACUAUGAUCCUCCCCAAAGUGAGAAAUUUUUUGAGACUUGUAUUAGACACUUCAACUCUCGCUUAGAUUUUUUCGAGCCUCAUCUUCUCGUGCUGCUUGGUUUUGCUUUGGCUCUUGCUGAGUAUUUUCCAGAGACUGUGAUAAAAGCUAUCUUUAAUGUUGAAUUCCUAGCCAAACUGGAUACCCAGCUUGAAACCCUACCAGAUGCCUUAAACAGGCGGGUCCGCUUACGACUAUUGGAGCUGAACCGAGCCGUCUGCUUGGAGUGUCCCGAACUUCAGAUCCCGUGGUUUCAUGAGCACUACUGUCAGCAGCUGCAGAAAAAAAGCAAUGGUAACCUCAGUGCAUUGCAACAGCAGAUUCAUAGGCUGCUGGGAGAAAUUUUGGGAGGAAGCCAUUUUGCCAAAGUGUCUGUAUUCACUCCUUACUGCUAUGGAAUUGACUUUGUAUGUAUUCUUGAUAAAAACAAGAAGCCUCUUCCAUAUACGGACCAGAAUGCUGACUUGGAAAGAGUGCACUGGGGGCAAGGGAACCAGUUCUUGGGAAGGCGAGGACUACCCCCAGGAGCUCAGAGAAUUGCGAUAGAAUUUCUUGAUUCAAAGGCCUUUUGCAAAAACUCAAAUCACCAGAAGGGAGAAACUGCUAUGAAAAAAAGACAUUUGGAGAUCCUGGGUUACCAGGUGGUUCAGAUCCCUCAUUUUGAAUGGAAUUCUAUGGAACUUUCAUCAAAGGAUGCAUGGAUGGAGUAUCUGAAGAGAAAAAUAUUUGAGAAGCUGUGAUGGUGUUGCGUGAAGAAGAUACACAAUCAUGAAGCUAUUUUAUAUGGACUACUAUCAUGGAAUAUUAAAUAUUUUUCAUAUUA